AUGGCCACCGAGGUAAAGCACGAGCCGCUUGCGGCCAUGCAAACGCCUGCUCCUAUCCACGAUGCCACUCCCGGCUCGACACCCUCUAUGAAACAGUCCUCAACGCCCUCACCUUCAGCUCCCUCCAAUGGGCAGUCGUCCGCCUCGCGCCGCCCUCCGCGAAAGAGCACCCUGACGCAACAGCAGAAGAACCAGAAGAGGCAGAGGGCAACCCAGGACCAGCUCACGACGUUGGAGCUGGAAUUCAACAAGAACCCCACACCCACUGCCACCGUCCGAGAGCGGAUAGCGGAGGAAAUCAACAUGACUGAGAGGUCUGUUCAGAUCUGGUUCCAGAACCGACGUGCAAAGAUUAAGCUUUUGGCAAAGAAGAGCCUGGAGACGGGCGAAGACAUUGACCUCAUCCCUGAGUCCAUGCGCGCCUAUCUGGCCAUGCAAGCUGCCGAGACUGGCAAAGGUCUGGGGGGCGCCUUCUUUGGCCGCACUGGUCUUCUGCCCUACGGUCACGGCAACAUGCUUAUGGGCGGCGAGCAGAGCCAGCAGGGCAAAGUCUUGAUUCACCACUUGACAUGCCGCUCCCUGAGCAUUGGCAAGUGGACGCGAGUCGGCCAGAACACCAUGGAUCUCAUCGUCUUCUACUCCCCCGACAAGUGUACCAUGACUUAUUACAUCAAUAACGAGCAGGCCGGCUACAAGAUCGAGUACACGUUCGCCCACAUCAAGAACAUCUAUCUCGAGAACGGCGAGGGAGACCCGAACAAGCACGGUGGCAUCGUGAUUGAGCUCAAUCGCCCGCCAAACUUCUUCAUGGAUUCGUCGCCGAGCACCAACGGAUUCUUCCAGUGCGGUGACUUCACCGAGGACCAACAAGCGACGCAAUGCCUCGUCCACCAUCUGGGCGGCAACCCCAAGGUCCUGGCCGGCCAAUUGGCCAAGCUCGUCUCGCUCGAGUCCUUCAUGAACCGCCACAACCCCAACCCCUUUGACGCCUUCCACGGCCUCUCUGCCUCCGCUCCCGUCUCUCCUACGAACCGGCCCUCGUCCCAGCCCAACUUCGCGCAGCCCCAUGUUGGCAUGUACCAGGAGACCCAAUGGGGCAUUGGGGGUGUUCACCCCGGCAUGCGUGGACCCGGCCACAAGCGGCAACGAAGUCGAUCCGUUCCCAUGGCAGUCGAUUUCUCCAUGCUGCAGACGCCGAUGCCUUCCUUCUACAUCCAGCAUCCAGGCGAGACGCAGCCCCAGCCGCACAGCCCCGCCAUCUACGCGCCCAUCCCCCAGCAGCCGAACUCGCUUGGUCCCGUUGGCCCCAACUUGCGGAUCGACACUCAGGCAGGCUUCGGUCUCGACAUGAGGCAGUAUCCCAUGUCUGCGACGACAGCCCCUUCGCCGUCGGACUUCCCCAGCCCCAAUUUCUUCUCCCAGGCGCCCGAGAACACGCCGCUCCCAGCAUCGAGCUACAACACUCCUUACAGCAGCACGUUCCUGUCUCCUAUGAUGAACGCGCAAAACCUGGUCGCACCCUCGGUUUCUCCUCUCUCCUUUACCGGCCACGGCGAUCCUGCCAUUGUUGACCAGUCCCCGCCGAUGUCGAUGAUUGGGCGCAGCGCCUCUGCCGACAUGUUCCCGACGCACGGCGAUUCUUCAGCCAUCUCGGACGACGGCACCAGCCUGAACGAGAUGUACUCCAAACACACCAUCAACCUGCCAAUGCACCCGCACUCCCCGGCCUUCCUGGACGCCAACCAGGCAGAGCUGGACAUGAACCAACUCGUGCAGUUCGACGCGGUUGAUCCUGCCAGCUUGUCUCCCGAGAGCCUCCCGCCAAACGCUCAGUGA